CAGUUGAAGAAAUAUUAUUUUCUUCUGGUGGAGAUAUUGAUGUGUAUGAUCUUCAAGUGAUAAGGUAGGCUGGCCUCGGAGGCCGCUGUCGAAACUAGCUGCAGCUUUGAAAAAUAGCUACAUGGUAGCCACGUUGCAUUCACUUUGGAAAUCACCUGGAUCAGUGUACUUGGAGAAGUUAUUUGACAGAGGGGAAUGACCCAAAGAAGUUAAUUGGCAUGGCUCGAGCUACAUCGGAUCAUGCCUUCAAUGCUACAAUUUGGGAUGUCCUUGUUGAUCCUGGUUAUCAGGGCCAAGGCCUCGGAAAGGCCCUUGUUGAAAAGCUUAUAAGGGCUCUUCUGCAGAGGGACAUCAGAAAUAUUUCACUGUUUGCGGAUAGUCAAGUUGCGGAGUUCUAUCAAAGUUUGGGUUUUGAACCUGACCCAGAGGGCAUUAAAGGGAUGUUUUGGUACCCAAAGUAUUAGUCAUCACUUAGAAAAAGUUCAUGUAUGUGCUUUUUUCAUUGGUUUA